CUAAUUUCUCUGAUCGUAUUUCUCUCGACUUUUAUCACGAUAAUGACAAAGAUCGGGUGCAGUUAUUACAAUUUAUUUAUUUUUAUUUUCCAAUAAUAUAAAAUAGCUUAAUUGAUAAAGGAAUUAGUGAAAAAAGAAUUCCAAAAAUAGAGAAGUAAUAAUAGUGUGCUUUUCACAUAGUGUGACGCAAUGGAUUUUAUUCGGUCGGCUACAUUAAACACUGCUGAAAAUGUGCAUCCAAAAGAACAAAUAAUAUCAAUGAGAACAAUGAGCGCAGAAAUUGAUAGCGCUAAUAGUGAUACAUUUAUAGUUGAUGAUCAAUCUUCUGCAUAUAGUUCUAUUCCAUCAACGUCUACGUCAUCCACAACAAUGUCGCCAAAAUUACAAUUGGAACUAUUGGAUAGUUUGGACGAAUAUCCGACAGACUUUUCGGUUAAAUCGUGUAAAACUGAUGAUAUUACGCAGCAAAUAAACUUAAUUGAUAAUACCGUUCAAGUGGACAACGAUAUAGAACAGCAUUUACAUCAACAGGUGCUCCAUCAUUUAGGAUUAAGCUUAGCUCUAGAAGACACUACAGAUAUGGUUUAUCCAAUAUACAGUGCGAUAAUGGCUCAUGAGAGUGAUGGAAGUAUGAGAGGGGAUAACAUAUGUAGUGAUUUGUCGUUAUCAUAUGCCUCUUUGUCUUCUUCGGUUAACACAUACGUUAGCAAUCCUGUCGACGACUGUGACGAUAAUAAUGAAGAAACUGGCGAUAAUUUAAUGAGCUUUUUAAAUGCUUCCUUAGAUACACAAGACCUAUUACUAUCCGACGAUCAGUCAUUUCAAAUUCCGUCCAGUACGUGUAUUCCUAAUAUUUCUGACUUGGAAAAAUCACAUACAAAAAGUAUUUUAUGUAAAACAAAAAUGUUACCAAAUACGCAAUAUCCAUUAUUAUCUCCAUCAUGCUCUUUUAUGUCUAAUGAAUCAUAUGAAGUAACACAAUCGCCGAUAAUAAUGCAAAUGCAGCAAAAAGAAACUAUGCAAAAUACAUCAAAUUUUGAUUUAGAAGAUGUUUCAGACUUCCCUUCUACGAAUGAUGAUUUCAUGAAUACCGUUAAUGGGGACACUGUCUUGUAUACAAAAUCUGUAAAUAAUAGUAAACAAGAUGACAUUUGUUUAAAACUAGAAUACACGUUUCAAGACCAACAACUUGUACAAGUACGGCCUCCUACUGUGGUAGCAUUAAAUUGUCCGACACCGAUACAAAGUGCACCAUUAAUUUGCUAUGAUCAAAUAUUAAUGCAAAACAGCACAUAUAUGGACAGGUCAGAAAUGGAUACCGGUAAUAACCAUUUAUUAUCUCCACCGUCGUCGACGUCCAUUGCGCCAGUGUUUAUAGAUCAACAGCAACACAACUCAAGAGAUAAUAACUUUAAUGAAAGUUACAUGGAAGUAAAUAAUCAGCCUGAUGAACUUUCAUUAUGUGUACGCCCCGGUGCCUUGCACAAACAGAAAGGAGAGCCAACUCAUGCGACAAUUACUACUUUCGAGAACUCAGAGGAAGCGCUUGGACGUUAUAAUUGUAACUAUGAAAACUGCAAUCGUAGCUACAGCACCAUUGGAAAUCUACGUACGCAUUUAAAGACACACAAAGGUGAAUAUCGGUUUAAAUGUACAGAAGAAAGUUGUGGCAAGGCUUUUCUUACGUCCUACAGCUUGAAAAUUCACAUCAGAGUACAUACUAAAGUGAAACCCUAUGAAUGCGAAGUAACAGGAUGUGAAAAGGCUUUUAACACACGUUACAGAUUACAGGCCCAUUUACGUUUGCACAACGGGGAAACAUUCAAUUGUGAGAUAUGUCAAAAAUGCUUUACUACCCUGAGUGAUCUAAAGAAGCAUAUGCGUACACAUACACAAGAGCGUCCAUAUAAAUGUCCCGAGGAUACCUGUGGAAAAGCCUUCACCGCCUCACACCAUCUUAAAACUCAUAUACGCACACACACCGGUGAAAGACCUUAUCCAUGUGAGGAGAUAAGUUGUCAGAAGUCCUUCAGCACAUCGCAUAGCUUGAAAUCACACAAGAAAACACAUCAGAAACAACGCAACAGGAGGCAAAAUAACUCGAGCAAUAACAAGGAACGGCGUUUGAAAGUGAAAAAAGAUCCGAAGCUGUUCUCAGUAGCUGACAAUUCAGAUUGUAAUAUAUCUAUUAAAGUAGAAAGUGAUAGUAGCGGUUACAAUGAGGAACACACUUCGAAUGGAGAAGACGAAAGAGAGGAAAAUUCGUGUAUUCAAAGCAUCGUUGAUGAUUGCAGCUUGUCGUCGUUAAGCCCAGUUAGUUUCAUCAAAGCAGAAUCGGCUGAUUACAAUAGGACUGAUUUGUUUGCUGUACAAAUGCCAGAAGUGAGAAAUACAGCUUUGCCAAUUUUGACGCCGAAAAUUGAAAGUAAUGCAUUUCCGGAAACAUCACAGGCACUGCAGCUUGCAUACGCCGCAGAAGAGGAAAUACCCGCUCCUUGGGUAGAUGCAGGUGUGCUUAUUUCGAAACCAAUUAUGCCGAUGGCGCCAGUUACCAAUGCUUGUGUCGCACUCCCAACAGUGGUGCCGAGUUUUGUAGAUUUACAACAGAAUUACGCUAGUUUUGGUAAGGCAGAAGUGGCAAUCAUAAGCAAUACGGGUUCUAUAUUGGAUACUAGUGCGCCAAUUCUACCAGAAUCAACAGAUCCAUGCGACUAUUUGGGUCAUAGCAGUAACGGUAGCACAUAUAAAGCAACGACAUCAGAUUUACCGAUAGAAACGUCGACUACAAUGCAAGUAAUGCCAAACAUACAAAUGGAUAUCGAUGGUAGUAAUAGUAUUAAUAUAAUACCAGAACCAGCAAAUAAAAUUGUUGGGCCGGUCGUUAAUUCCUCAAUAAACGUAGAUCAAUCCAUGGAUAUGAUUCCAACCGAGGAGAGCAUUGAACAACUAUUGAAGGAGGAUUUGCAGUACAAUAAUGAUGCAGAGGACAUGGAAACCGAGUCGCUGUUAAACGAAAUUUUAAUGACCAUCGAUAAUAAUACACAUCUACUACAGGAGACAUUACAGCAGGCAAAGCAAGUGCCAGAAGACGCCUCAGGUUUAAUUGAAGUGGAUCUCCGAAGCGAUAGACCAACUCUGAAACAAAUAACGGCAGAUGCUGGAAUUUGCGGUUGUACUAAUUGUAAAUGCGAUCAAACUCAAGAUUGUCAAGGUGGCUGCACCAAUGAUACGCCUUGUAGAAAGAAAGGCAAUAGUAAGCACAAAUGCUGCCAUAACCAUAAAUCCCAAAUACAGUCCCAGCCUCAAAACACGCAUAACCAAAAUUUGGAAAGAACCAUAACAACUAAGCCAAAAACGAUUAAUCGCGGUAAGGACUGCUGUCAGAGUAAAAAAGAACGAGCGUCGGCGAAACGCGACGCUGACAUCAAUCAAAAUAUUGAAGACGUGGCAUUAUUGCUGCAAAACUUAGCUUCUAUGGGUGGUAGUACUGGUGGCGGUUGCUGUGGUGGCGAUAAGAAUACGCCAGGAGGUUGCGGUACAUCGGAUAUGUCCAAAGGAAUAAGUAAAAUGAGCUCAGCCGGCGGUAGUAGCAGUUGCUGUGCAACCAAGUCGCCUACUAUGCCAAAUACGCCUUCGUCUAUGGUAAGCGCGCCAAGUGCACCACCUCCGAAGUCACUGAAAAGUUCUUCUUGCACGUGUAAGAGCCCUGCUGAAGGUGUUGCUAAUGGCUGUUGCGUUAUUAUCUGUACUAAAACUCUGCAGGCCUUGCGACGUGUACUCACACGAAAAAAUCUAAAUCUUAUGGUUUGCCCACAGAGUCAAAAUUGAAAUGCCUUAAUACAAUAAAUUUAUCUAUUUACCAAGUCAGUGACAUGAAAAACUUCAAUAAGUUUCUAACCAUAGUUUUUAAAUUUGCAACACCAAAGAUUUGCUUUAAAAUCCCAAUUAUCAUUAUUAACACUAAGAUUUUUACAAUUAAACCCUUGCAUAUCUGAAUGAUUAUAUAUAGUUUAAUAAAAAAAAUUAAUUAAAUACUAGAAAAUAGUUCAAUGUAUUUAAAAUUGUAUAUAGAGAUUAGGAUGUUGUUGUUAACUUUUAAAAAAUAAUAAUUUUGAUAAUUACAAAUCCUUAUAACUUGUUUAUGUUAAAUUUCGAUUUUGAACAUACAAAGAAUAAUAGAGGUAGAAGGAUGGCCAAAUAUAGGUGCUUUAGUAAUUGAAAACAUAAUGAUAUAUUAAUUUCGUUAGUAAGCUUGAGAUUUUUAGUUCAACACUUUAUUAAUGUAUUUGUAUUGAUCGAAAGAUUUUCGAUAUUCGUCAUUACAAGAUGGAAAACUACAUUUUUGGAUUUGUCUUAAAUUUGAAUUUUGAUGCUCUUCACAUAUUUUUUAUAAUUCAUAUAAUCGUGAAUAUUUUAUGUACAUUAAUACCUAAAUGCAAUAUGAUCGGUUGAAAAUAAGAAAAAAAUUGUUUUUAUAUUGUGAUUUAUAGAAAACAACAAAAAGAAAAGCGAAGGAGUUUACUUUUCUCUGUAUACAUACAUACAUAUACAUAUAUAGUAUAUGCACAUAUGCAUAUGCGGCCUUUUGCCAUUUGGGAUUACAAAAUAAAAAUGAAACAUUUUUAGUUAUUAUUUAUAGUGUGAGUAAUCGGUAUAAUUGUACCUAAUAAGCCAAAGUACUUGUUUAUAUUUUAUUUGUUUUUAAUGUUCAUGUUAACCAAAGUGCCUGUAUUAUGUAUUAAUAAAUAUAUUCAAUUAUGAA